CUGCUUCUGUUGACGCCAUGCCUUGUUCUAAUCUUCAUGUUUUUGCGCCUCUUCUUGGUAUCACGUCCAGUGGUCCCCCUCUCCGAUGAUCCGCGAUCAGUCCUCGGAAAGCCCCUGUUAUUUCCUGUGCAGCUCAAUCAUGUGCGCUUCAACCCCGUCAAGGACCAAUUCGCCAACAGAUUCCUGAUGAUCGGCAUCCCCGUCGGGAUGCGCGCGCGCUAUGGCAACCUGCUCGCGAUCGACGACAAGCGGUUGACACUCCGCGACUCGACGCAUGCGGGUCCAUCGUGGAGGUCCUUCCUGGCGCAGGCGACGUGCUGGCUCAGUGUCGACGGGGAGCGGUACCUCCACCGCGGGGAUCAGGAUCUCGAUAUGCGGGCGAAAUUGGAUCGAUACUUGCUGAAAGAGCAGAACGAGGACCCUUCCCAAUGGCCCCACGCGUACCUCCUCACCGUCCCGCGGUUCUUCUGGUGGUCGCGCAGUGUCGUGACGUGGUGGUAUCUCUACAACGCCGACCGCGAACUCGACGCGAUGAUCAUGGAGAUCAACAACUCCUACGACGAGAAGCGCAAUUACUUCUUCCGGGUCGAGCGCGGCGAGAACCCCAUCCCUGCUACGGAGAAGGGGACCGAGAUCGACAAACCUCGGUUCCUCGACAGCGCCUCCACCAUCCGCACCACAUCCUCCCAUCCCAGAUCCACCUACUACAAGGGCACCUGGCAGAAAUUCAUCUUCGCCUCGCCGUUCGAGAAGGUCGACGGCGCCAUCGCGAACCGGUUCAUGGAUCUGGCGCACGGCGCCGCGUGGAAGCCCAAUGCCACGCUGCUGAACACCAACACGUUGAGCCCGGAGGGGAAAGUCAAGAUGGUCACGCGGAUCACCUGCUGUGGCGCGCCGCUCGAUCCCGCGCAGAUGGGGUUCACGGACCUGGCGCGGAUUGCGCUGCGGUGGACGCUGCCGGGCGUGCUGACGACGCCGUAUAUCGUGCUGGAGGCGUUGCGCAUCCGCUGGAAGGGCCUGAUGAAGAUGAUGGAUAAGACCCCGGUGCGCAGUGGGAGUAUCGGGCGCCAUCCGACCCGGGCUGAACGGCAACUCGAACCUUUCUUCCGCGCCUAUCUCGCCCACUGUGUCUCCUCCUCUCCCGACCCGGUGGAACUAACCUACAUCCCCUGCCGCGCUUUCUCCGGCGAGACCAUCCACAUGAGAUCCGCGUCAUGCACUUUCGAAAGCACAUCCGUGCGGACCGUGACCGUCGAAGUCCUCGAUCCUCCUUUCUACACGCGCAUCGUCAACUACCCCACCGCCUGGGAGGGACUAUCGACGGAGAUGCGCGCAACAGGCCAAGAGGCCGAUACUGUUUCGCAGAACAUCGCGGUCUCAGACCCAGCAUUGCUGCAGAAGAUCGUGAGCUCCUCG